UGCUUCACUUCUUUCUUCAGCGGCCUAAUAAUUCAUGGAGCUUCUCUCUUUUAGCAGGAAGGAGAGCGGGGUCAAGUUGCGGUGCUCCGUUAGCACCUGCCUAUUAUGCGCAGGCUGUGUGUGUCCUCAUGCAGUGUGGUUGAAAGACUGACUUUGUGUGGGGUGUUUGAGUGUAUGUGUGAUAGCGAGAGAGGGGAGAGAGAGAGAGGGGGGGAGGGCUCAGAUUCCCUCCCCUUGUUCCAGUCCUUCUCCAGCUUGACUUCCAGCUGCUGUCACAUUCCUCUACACGGCGCAAUUGGCCGAGGCUGCCUGUUUUUUUUUGUUUUUACUUUUGUGUAUAUUUGUAAUUGUGUAAGCAUGACCUAGGAUGGAAAGUCUCGCCCGUGCCACAAAGGGAAUGUUUCUGCAGUCAAGGAAAGGACUAUAAUUGCAGCGGGAGUUUUGGGGGGGGAUCAACGACGUUGAAUCUGGAUUAUCCAGCGGCUGGAUUGUGUUCCGCAUGAUGACGGAAGUGGCCUGUCCAGCUUCGAUCAUGGACUCCGAGAUGAUGUCACAACCAGAGUCGGAUCAGAUUCCUCCAGUUGAGCACAAGUCGGCCCCCCUGGAUCUGAUUGACACCGGGAAGGGUCUCAAGGUCCAAACGGCCACCCCUCAUCUGGUUAGCCUGGGUAGCGGCAGACUAAGCGUGGCCAUUACCUUGCUGCCACUCAAAGAAGGCGUGACCCGCAUAGGGCGAGAAGAUGCCCCAAUUCCUCAAGAUAUCACCAUCCAGGGUCCCGGAAUCGAAGCCGAACACUGCCUCAUCUUCAAUGAAGGCGGUGUCGUUACCCUGGAUCCCCGUGGUCACCUGUGCAGUCUCGAUGGGGUUCAGGUCACGGUGCCGACCCCGCUCACACAGGGUUAUUCCCUGUGUCUCGGUAAAUCCUACUUCUUCCGGUUCAACCAUCCCGAGGAGGCAAGCAGAAUGAAGAGCAUGCUGCCACAAAAGAGCCCCGUCUCCGCCCUGGCAUACAAUACAGACUAUCUGAAGUUCAGCAGCGAUUACAGCCGCGCUGUGGUCGGCGGGCCCGGCAGCGCACGGGGCAUGCGCUCGGCCUCCGAGCUCCGCGAUUUGAUGGACACGCUGCAGCGCAAGAAGAAAGCGCUGGAAAACAGCCUGAGGGCCAACGGCAAUAGCGAGCCGUCGUACUUGGGCGUGACGCAGUCUCCGCCCACCACACCCAUCACAUCGCUCUCCUCGUCAUCAGGCCACCAGGAUCAGGCGCGACGUUUCUACGGUGCUGAUCGUCCCCCUGCGUCGACGAAAUCCGCGCCCCCUCCUUCCCCGUCUCGGCGUUCGGACCACUCCUCUGUGCUGUCGCGUUCCUCCAUCGCUCGCAACUCGGGCGCCGGCGAGAGCCGACGUCUCCAUAACUCGGGCUCUUCGCCGUUAUUGUCAACGUGGCACGGCAGGGGCUCGUCUGCGUCUGCCGGCGAUAGCUUACUGCUUUCGCUUCCUCCCGCCUCGUCGUCAUCCCGCCCGCCAUCGAACGGGGGCGCCGUCAGCAUGCCUUCGAGCCCCCGCCUCGGGCGACGCAGCUACGGCAACCAAGAAGCCGCGCCGAGCGGUCGAACGCGGAAAUAUUCCGCCGGAUCUCUCAAUGCCCCGGUGGGAAUCGGGCACAGCCGCUCGCUGCCUCGCCUGUGCCCGUCCCCGUCGCCCCGAGACAACAACAACGGCAUCCUGACGUUAUCCGCCUUGCAGCCGCAUCGCUCGGACACUCACAAACUGAGCAAGGACCAUCACAACAACAACAACAACUCGAACGCCAGGCUCGAUCUCAACCACAACUCCGGUAACUCCGGCCGGCAGCUCUCAAAUAGGAACGGGGUCCAUGCCGCGAGUCAAGGGGCGGGGCUCGUGUCUAUCUCGCUCUCCUCCCUCAAGCUGCCCUCCUGCAACGGCGUCACUUCCUCCUCCGCCGCAUCUCCGCCUGACCUCACAAUCCCAUCCAAGGCGGGAGGCUCAUCGUCGUCGCCUCGCGUGGCCAAGAAACUCAGCCUGACUUCCGCCAGCACCGGCGCCCCUGAACUAGAGCCGCCGUUCGGGGAAAGGGCGAAACCUUGGGCGGACCCGGAAGCGACCCUUGGCUUCGGACGCAGCGAGAGUAGGUCAUCGUUCGGGAAAGCAGGAGUGACCCCGCCGGGCGGCUUCAGGGAAAGACGGGGGAGCAUCAGCUCGUUGAACGGGAAGGAGGAACUGAGCGGCUACCAUCAUCAUCAAAAGGAGGAGCGACUCCGUGAGCAGGAGGUGGAGAGACUGGAACGUCAGCGUCUCGAGACCAUCUUGUCCCUGUGCUCGGAGCUGGACCAGGAUGGCGGCGGCUCACUUACAAAUCCAGCAACCGCUGUGGCAGACCUCCAAAAGAUCAACCAGGAGCUGCAGAAGCUCCAGCUGAAUGACGACGACGACGAUGCGGCCUCGGUUUUCUCUGGCUCCUCGCUCCUUAACGGACUUGUUCCGGAGAACGGCUACUACGAUGCAGACCCGGCGGUCCGACAGAGGCGCGGUAGUUGCACUCGAGACGGCGGGGCGGAUUCGCCGGCUGUUAGUCUGCGCAGCUCCGCCCCAUCGCCCUCGCCUCAGAUAAACCAGGCACGCGACGAUGCGCUCCACCGCUACGGACAGGAAGCCAGGCCCUCGCAGGAGGAAAUGAGGAGAGUGGAGGAGGAGAGGAUCCGAGUCCUCAACAACAUGGAGCAGCUUGAGCAGAAAAUUAAAGAGCUGGACAACCAGAUGGAGGAGUCUGCCCGAGAGGUGGAGGUAGAGCGAGCUCUCGUCGAGGCGGAGCGGGAGUCCGAGUUAGCUGCCCUUCAGCGGGAAAAAGAGGCCCUGGAUACACUUGGCAACAAGAUCACUGACAUGGAGGCCAAAUCUCAGCAUGAAAAAGACAAGGCGUGCGAGUUGCUGCAGGCAGAAAAGGGCAGAGUAGAGAGAUUGGCUCACAUUGUGUAUGAGCAGCGCUCCCUGCUGGACAGCUGCCCCGAGGCCACCAAGGAGCCCCUGCGGGAGCAGCUAGCCAGGGACUGCGAAGUACUUGAGACGGAAACAAAGCGCUUUGAGGACCUGGAGUUCCAGCAGCUGGAGAGAGAGAGCAGGCAGGACGAGGAGAAGGAGACCCAGACACAAGAACUUCUCCGAGAAAUCGCCGACUAUCAACGGAGCACCGUGACCCGCAAGGAGCGACUGUCGAUUCUGAAGCAACAGGAGGCAGACAUUACUCAACAGGCGGAGCGAGAGAAAGAAAGCUUCCUGAAGGAGAGGAGCAAUCUCGAAGUCAUGUUACAACGGGAGAAAGAAAAUCUUGCGCCUCUUGAUCGGAAAUAUGCUGACCUUACCGGUGGACAAACCUACACGCUGAGGGAGCAUUUCCGGCUGCUGGAGGAGAGGAAGCGCUCUGACAAAGAUGGCGGAGCUCAUCUCAGUGACACGUUACCCAGGAAGAAGGCCACAUCCGCCACCAUGGCCCAGUACUCCAGUGCAACACUUGGACGGAGUUUCCCGACGAAGGCCCAUCCACCGUUGGUCCAGAGCACGAGCUGUGGCAGCAUUCUUCCCAGAAUUCUCUCCUUAUCCAGCAAGGAAACGGAAAGCAGACGCCUGCAAAAAGGUCAUCCGAGCUCUCGAGCGUCAUCCCAGACGAACGUCUACCUCGACGCCUUCGACUACCGUGACAACCAAGCCUUUGACACAAUGAGCGUGGAUAGCACGGACUCCAUUGAGACCAGCAUCUCUGCAUGCUCUCCUGAUAACAUCUCCAGUGCGAGUACUUCAAAUGUAGCCAAGAUAGAGGAGAUGGAGCGUCUGCUGAGAGAAGCCCAGGCGGAAAAGAACCGACUCCUUGAGCACAAGGAGCGAGAGAUGGAAAUUCGAACGCAAGCGCUGGAUGAGGAGAAGAAGAGGCGGGAGGAACUGGAGAAGUUGCUCCAGGAGGAGACCAGCAGGCGGCAGAAGCUCAUCGACCGUGAGGUGAAACUACGAGAGAAGCAGCGAGUGCAGUCCCGACCGCUCACACGCUACCUACCGGUGCGAAAGGACGAUUUUGACCUGCGGGCUCACAUUGAGUCGGCGGGCCACAGCGCCGACACCUGCUUCCACUUGUCCAUCUCGGAAAAGACGUGCAGAGGCUACCUGAUCAAGAUGGGCGGCAAGAUCAAGACCUGGAAGAAGCGCUGGUUCGUCUUUGACCGCAAUCGACGGACGCUCUCCUACUUCGCGGACAAACACGAAGCCAAGCUGAAAGGCGUGAUCUACUUCCAAGCCAUUGAAGAAGUCUAUUAUGACCACCUGAAGAAUGCGCAUAAGAGCCCCAACCCCUCCCUCACCUUCAGCGUCAAGACUCACGACAGGGUCUACUACAUGGUGGCCCCUUCCCCUGAAGCCAUGAGGAUCUGGAUGGACGUCAUCGUUACAGGCGCUGAAGGAUACACGCAAUUCAUGUUGUAGCCAAGCGGAAUGAGCAUCUCCAAAACGUCUUUUUGAAGACUGUGUCGUUAUUUUAGUCGGGCAACAUGUAACCAUCUGCUCGACCCGGACGACUAUCUGACAGAGCCUCCGAUUUACCCGUUACAUUUAACGAGCCUCGUUACUAAAGGACAAACGCAAAUGAGAACAAUGGAAGGCUUUUUUCGUCUUACUGUGCAGUCUAUCCGACACUACCUCUUUUUCAUGUCGGGCUUAAAUACCCAAGAAGCAAGCACACCACAUUCGGAACCGUCUCAUCACGGACUCAGAAAAUGGCAGUUGGAGUGAGAAUGUCACCUUUUAAAUAUUGCAUGUACAUUGCGACUUUUUCCGCCAAGCCCGAUCGCUUGGCUUUGUAGUCUGUUCCUCAGGUUCUAGUCAUGUGCAUGCACGCGUCCCCGUUUGUCACGGAAACGUGUGAUCUCAUAAACGGCGCUUCCCAAGUAGCGAUGGACACAAACGACGCAGACGCAGUUUUCACGCCAAAAGCGCACCCCGGCCGUUCAAAGACUUAAUACCUCAAAGCCAGAAGUGAUUUUAAAAGUACAGUUGCAGUCACUGAUCAGCAUUCGGAUUCUCUGCGUGCCUAAAGGGGUGGAUGACUUUUUGUUUAUGCAUAGACGGCAGUCUCUAUUUUUCCUAACACUGUUUCUUUAAACUCUGUGCCAAAUUGCCUGUGCUGACCAAACAUAAUUGUGGCAGGUUUAAGGCGUAAGGGGGACAUGUAUGAACCGGCGUACACGCUGCUGAAUAUUGCGCUUCAGUACACUUGCUUUUACAGUACAUAUUUGCUUUUUAUUUGGAUUAAUUUAAAGGUGUUUUGUUUUUUUUAGACAGCACACUCGCUUUAGAGCUCAAUAUCGAACGGCUUGUCAUUGCAAAUUUCUCCAUUGUCAGACGAUAAAAGGUUUUGUUAUCUUAUCUAACCCUGAGCAAUAUCGGUGCAUCGAUGUCAAGCUUUUUCGUGGAAUUCUCGACCAAAGUUCACGUCCGUGUUGUAUGAUCCACGUCAAGUUUGUUAUUUCUUUGCCGUGCCUUUUUGGAUGACAAUGUUUGCUUGUCAGUUCCAAGCUCAAAUCAGCGCUCCCCUCACUUUGUGCAGUGACCACAUUGUCACCCUUUGAAAAGAAGGGCCAAAGUCGUAUUUUUGGCCCAAAAACAUCUCAGGGGGGGGGGGGGGGCGGAGCCUUGAUUUCUACCUCUGAAAUGACAUGUUGAAGAAAUACAAUCACGAUUUGAUUCCGUUUUUCGUGUUUCCUGAAAGAAAGAAGAAAAAACUACGUACUUUGGCCUUUAUUUUAGGAAGGUGGCGAUGUCUUUGCAUGGUGGUGAAUUUUUUUUUCUAUAUAAAUAAUAAACACCUCGUUUUCUUCUUCA